GCAAGGAACCCUCACAUUUCUCACUACAUGGGUACAUCUCCGUGGAGAGCUCCGGCAAGAAGUUGUAAACCCGUCAUUCUUAGCAUCUUUUCUCGAGAGGCGCGCGCGUGCCGUAGCUACAGUACAGAGUCGAUCAACAACCAUCCCUCCCUCGCUCUGCCGCUUCACAUGCAUCCCGCGCGCAGUAUAGUGUCCAUUGCCUGCUGAUAGCUGCAGCAAUGGCAGAGCUACUAUCUGAUGACAUUUAUCUGCCUCCGUUGGAACCCUGUCUGAAGGGCGAGACCGUCGUUCUGUCGUGGAAGCUCGUCGCUUCGGCAUUGACCGACCCGUCGGGCCGCCGACAGAGUAGCAGCGCCGUCAUCGACUACCUGACCGACCCUCUCGUCCAGUCCUUCUUCACCAAACCCGGCUCCGCCUUCGAUCCGCCGGGCGGCGACCGGAAUCCUCACCAUGCCACCUUCGUCAAGAAGACGGCCGCUAUCGAGGUCACUCCGACCCCGAACGACAAGUACGACAUCAAUGUCAUCAAGGAGGAUGCUCUCUGGCUGAGCAAGGUCGGCCGCAUCAACGAGGUCGCCGCUCUUCGCGUUGUCGUCGUCGAGUUCCAGUCGCGCCCCCAGAGCCAGCUGCGCGGCCCCAUAUCGAACCAAGAUGUCGCGAAUCUGCGCGAGGCCGCCGGCGCCUCGAAUGCGCAAACGACCAACAUCCUCCCCGGGCUCAGCAUCGCGAGCACGCGCGACGCGACCGAGAUCCAGGCCGACUUCGAGAAGCCCGAGAGCAGGAAGCGGCGCAUAUUCCAGACCUACCUCGACGAGCGUCGCUACUAUGCUGCCACGAACGACUACAUAUUUACCUUGAUGCUGCACGAACGCCUGCCCACGUCGCCCGCCACCGACGCGUCCAGCGCGAUCCGAAGGUCCUUCAUGGAGGCGUACGGCAUAAACCCCAGGCAGCCCCAGAAGUCCUCGAUCGACAUGCCCACGAGAACGUUCCAUGCCCUGGCGUCCCAAUACUUGAACCUGCUUCCGUUCUCUGUACAGAAUUCUCAAACGGCUAUCGGCGCUGUCGUCGAGGAUGAGGCCUUGUUGACCGAGGAACUCCACGAACAAUGGAUGCAAACCUGGUUGACCGAUGCCUUACAUCGGAUGGUCGUCGUAUUCCAGCUCCUGGAUCUAUCAAGCGAUGCCUUUGUGUCGGAGCAGCUUGCCCAGCAAUGGUUUACGCUUGUCGGCGCGUUCAGCUUCUUAGACCAGCUCCAGAAUUUUUCGGCCAACAUAUCGGACCUCGCUGCCCCGUUGCAGUGUCUGGUUUGCGUAAUCUCGCUAACUGUUCUCAAUCUCCCCAGAAUGAUGGGGUUUUUUGAGGGAGACGUGGAGCUGAAUACCGACGACGAAUAUCUCGCUUCGUCAAACCUGCUCGAACAAAUUCACGACGUCCUGGAGAGUGCGAUAAGUAUGAACUUGGCUUACACCGUUCCGGUAUUGUUCGCGUGGGUUCCCGUUGUGCAUGCCAUGUUUUCUUCGUACCAGGAGCGCGCGGAGAGACGGGAUGCUAUCCAGAACGAGAAGGCGGUCGAGAACUACGAUUCGAGCACGCAGAUGGUACCCGCGGGUCGGAGAAACUCUGCGGGGAGCAUCACCACCAUCGACAAGCGGCGGUACGACGAUUUUCUCAUCAACAAGAACCUGGACCGCGAUGUCGCGCGAGUGCGGAUGCUUGCCUCUGUGGCUACCGACGAAGCGCACGUCUACGAUGUCAUCGCGGCCAUGUCGUUGUGUCUCGGCGCCUCCGAUCGCGCCAUAUUCUCCCCGUCGGUAGGGUCACGGAUGCGGACCACGUUUCUAGACCUACUCAAAACCACCUAUCCUUUCGUGGGGUAUAAAUCGGAGCCGGUUUGCGCUCUGCUCGCGGUGCUCUCCGGUGGCCAAAGCUAUUGGGAUCUCUCGCGGCCCUGCAAUAUCCUCGCGCAGCAAGACAUCCUUCACAUAGCCUUGAACGACGAGAUCAUCCUCGAAAACUACUUCCAACAGGCCCUCAACCGCUUUCCCUACGAAUUCGUCCCGUUUCUCACCUUAUGCCGCACCCUCUACUGCUCUCAGCACCACACCGGAGAGGGCAACCACGAACGCAUCCUCGGGCUGCUGCAAAAAAUGCCCACGCUCACGUUCACCUUACCAGACCACUUUAUCGACUAUCAACUCGCCAACGAGGAAGAAAACUCCAACGGUUUCCAGCUCCUAGAACCUUUCCCUCUCUUUUCCGUCCCGUCGAGUCGGCAGCGAAUCGCUACCGAAGAAGAGCCGUUCACCAUCCCGGAGGGCACCUACGGCCGCUUCAUCGUCGACGAGGGGAGAAUUGUGCGUGUCGAGUACGAGCAUUCCGUCCUCGCCCUUCUGGGGAAGAGGCUGGACGCCAACCUCACCGCAAACAAGUAUCUCUUGGAGCUUGGGGAACUCGGCACCGAGGAAACGGCGGAAGCAAUCGCGUUAUUUGCCACGCUUAUACGGGUAGAAUGCCUCAAAACCCCGGCCGCGGCGGGAGUGCCGUCAGAAGCCGGGUUAGCCAUCGUGGCCGAGGCCAGUCGAGCACUGCCGCGGACCAAGGACAUAAUAUCGGUCGUCUGCGACACGCUGGACGUCCUUUUGGAUGGCGAGCCGGAGAGCCAGGGGCAGGCCACCAUAGUGUCCUGCCUGCAGUUUCUGCAUGCUGUCCUGCCGAUAUGUCCAGGCAGAGUCUGGUCGUAUAUUUCGCGAUGUACCAUUCUUAGCAACCAGGACCAGGGCGGCCGGCUGGCUAGACUGGUCGGAAAUCUCGACUUAUCCAGUUCCCAGUUCGAGUUGCUGGUGUCUGCUGUCCGCCUCUUUUCCAGCCUCAUUGAUAGUGCCGUGGCUAGUUCAGUGCGGCGGAAGACGGGUGUGAAGGCAAAUGCCCGUCAGAAGCAAAACCACGACGUCUGGCUCGGCGUUUCAGACAAGAUAGUCAGUCAGAUAUCGUUGUCGAUUGCGCGGGCGGCGAUGGAUAUCCUGGAAAGCUCGUCGACCUGGCGGUUUGCCUCCAUCCUCGAUCGCAUGGUCCUCGUUCGCGACGUGGUGCCCAUCAUGGACAAGGUCACGAUCUAUUGCUUCAGUGUGGAUGACAUAAACGCCAAGGACACGAGGACGUUUCUGAUGUCAGCUCUCGAGCCGGCAGCUAAAUACGUCGUUGAUAGCUUUCUAACGCCGUCGGCGGGGAGUCUCCGCAUGCAAUCACUGCUGGUAACGUUGGUGGUCGCGACGCAACCGUUUGACUCUACCGUCUACGCCAACAGGACGGCGGCCUUCCGGGCCCAGACCGUAGCCGUCCUGAGACUCGCGAAAAGUCUGGUGAGGGUCGCGAAUUACCUCGACCGGCCCUCGACGACGGUGGAGCACCAGUUGUUCAAAGCAACACCGUUUGUCGCCCGCGUCUGCGCCUGCGACGAUGCGUUCCGGGGUCCUGCCAUCGAGCUGUUGGAAGCGCUGGUCAUCAGCGCCGGAAAAGCUGUCGGCGAGCCGCCCUCCUUGCUAGGAUACCUCGGCCCACAAAUAUCCCGUUCGUUCCUCCAGCUUUUGUCGACGCUGGAUAGACCCUUCGACCAGGCCGGCGAGGUGAACACGAUAUGGCGAUUCUUUUCUACUAUCGUGAGGAAUAGACAGCAGUGGAUGGCAAAUUCCCUUCUCACCGGCAGGACGCCACGCGAUGCCAAAAAUAGCAGCGGCAAAGCAACAGAGGCGUCGUCCAGCUCCAUUCUCGCGUCUGCCCUCGAGAGGCUCACGUUCAUAUCUAAGAUCGAGGAGUCCGAGACACUCGCCAUUCUAGACUUCAUCACUUCGGCCCAGAACUUUUGGCCCUGGACUAUCUUUACGUUGCAGAAGAAUACCAGAUUCCUGGAGCAACUCCGGAGUUUCGUCCACGACUUACCGCCUUCGUCCCUCACCUCGAAGUCCAAUGUGCUGCGAGCCUGCAACGACGCUCGGAUCGCAGCCUACAUUGCCGAGAUAUUUGCCAUGCAGCUCUUCCAUCUUCGGCAGAUAGACCAAGCGGACUCGUUCGCCAACGAGCUGACCCGCGAUUUAGACUACUACCUACGGGAUGGCGUGGCCGUAUCUGGUUACAACCGGGGCUUACAUGUUAAUUUCGCUCGGAACUUCAGCAACCAGUACCCCGGGUUUACGCUCGACAACUUCAAGCGGACGUUGCUUGAGCCUCGGUCGCUGGGAGCUGACUUUUACUACGCCCUGGGCUUCGCCGAUGAGAUGCUCACAUUUGAUCCAGGCUGGGUUGGCCCUCGAAGUAACGGGUUUAGAAGCGAGAUGGAAAAGGCUAAUAUUAACCUGUCACUGGUCGACGCUCAGAUCUCUCUCUACCACGCCUGGGAAUUCCUACUGCUUGAAUUGAGUACUUGUCUGCCAAGCAAUGACACUCUCAAGAAGCAUUCGCUACAGGUUGCCCGGCAAUGCCUAGAGGCAAACGAAGAGACCCAAAAUCACGAUCAGGUCUUUGAGCGACUCGCCGAGUCACGGGUGAACCUGGCGCUCAUGCUGGUGCAGAGGGUCGUGAAUAGCGCCCCGUCGGCUGGUGACAUCACGCAACUCCUGACAGCCCUAUGGGCAACGAUAAGUAGCAUUCAGGAGCCGUAUGCACCGCAUAACAUAACCCUGUACCGCACACUGCUCAAAUUGCUCUACGUCACGUUGCGAGCCCAGGUCCGAUCGUUGACCCCGAAUGAGCACGCGGAUGUGGCUUCUGAGAAGCAUGGGGGUAAUGCGGCGGCGGCGGCUGUCUCUCAGAUCGUCCUCAGCAUUAUUGACAUCGCCGUCGCCAAGGGGUUCCGAAGUCUAGUUUCCCUAAUCCACGACUCUCAAACUUUGGUGUUACCGAGUGAUGUAGGGUUGAUCAACGCCAUCUUGCAAGCCUGUCUCUGCAUCCCCGGGAUGGACCAAAGCCAGACCCAGAUCCUCAACAUCCUGGCUACGCACGAUGCGGUGCAAGCUGCGGUAUCACUGUACUCGUGGUCGGACAAGUUAGCCGACCAGGGCGACCCUAUCUAUGGCGAGCUGUCUCUCAUCUUCCUACUAGAGCUUUCUACGCUGCCGCUGGUAGCAGAACAGCUAGCGUGCGACGGUCUCCUCAACCAGAUUACGUCGGCCAACCUGGCGGCCUACCUGCGGCGGCCGAACGUGUCGCCCUUCGCGGACUCGGUCGGCUCGCAGCGGUGCUACAGCAUAUGGGCCAAGGGGAUCGUGCCGCUGCUGCUGAACAUCCUGACGGCGCUGGGGGUGACGAUCGCGCCGGAGGUGGCGUACGUGCUGAACCAGUUCCCGAACCUGAUGCGGUCGAGCGUGGAGCGGCUGGAGGCGCCGGACGAGGGCCGGCGGCGGGGGCGGGGGGAGCGGUCGUACGUGACGCUGCUGUCGGUGUCGGAGAUCCACUCGCUGGCGCUGAUGACGCGGGUGCUGGCGGCGCUGCGGGCGAACAACGCGCGGGACGUGCCCGAGGUGGCGUGGGACGCGGCCGCGCUGCUCGAGAGCGUCGAGUUCUGGAUCGACCGCCGCAAGCUGCUGCGCGAGAAGCUGGUGCCGCUCGGGCCGCGCGAGGCCGAGUGGAAGAGCGCGCCGCCGUCGGACCGCGCGCGCGCCCGAGGCGGCGGCGGCGGCGCUGUCGAGAGCCGGCUCGAGGAGAAGCUCGUCGAGCAGCUCGAGCUCGUCCGCGUGGUGCUGAGCGAGGGCGUGGAGUGAACGAGGUGAGGCAGAGAGGAAGAAAGAUAAAGGAGAAAUGAUAAUAUAAUGGCAGGCAU